UGGGAAAGUACGUUGAAGUUUCAGAGGAAUAAGCGAAAGUUCCUCGGAUUGUGCAUGUAAGAGCGUGAAUACGGAGGCGCGUAAGGAAUCGGUGCGCUGAGCUGCUCUCUGUAUCCCGAGUUAGAGAAGGAGCGGACUCGUACGGAGAAGGAGCGGACUCGUACGGAGAAGGAGCGGACUCGUACGGAGAAGGAGCGGACUCGUACAGAGAAGGAGCGGAGAAGUUCCGAAAGAGGAGAAUUAGCUGGUUUGGCCUCACUCUCCAGCCCCCCCUGCUGUCUGCAGAGCCCCGCGAAUCAUCACCUGUUGCCGCCCGGGUCCCGGCAUGUUCGCUACGGUCUCCCUGCUGUUCUGCCUACUCCUGCAGCCCUCCCCAUCUGCCCAGCAGUACCACGGAGAAAAGGGCAUCUCCGUGCCCGACCAUGGAUUCUGCCAGCCCAUUUCCAUACCUCUAUGCACGGACAUCGCAUACAAUCAGACCAUCAUGCCCAAUCUGCUCGGACACACCAACCAGGAGGACGCGGGGCUGGAGGUGCACCAGUUCUAUCCGCUGGUGAAAGUGCAGUGUUCCCCGGAGCUGCGCUUCUUCUUGUGCUCCAUGUACGCCCCGGUGUGCACCGUGCUGGAGCAGGCCAUUCCCCCCUGCCGGUCCCUGUGCGAGAGAGCCAGGCAGGGCUGCGAGGCGCUCAUGAACAAGUUCGGCUUCCAGUGGCCGGAGCGGCUGCGCUGUGAGAAUUUCCCGGUACACGGAGCGGGGGAGAUCUGCGUGGGGCAGAACACUUCGGAUAACAGUCCGUCCGGCCCCACCGCCCGGCCCACCCCUUACCUGCCGGACAGUAUCACCUUCCACCCUCACCCCAACCGGGACUUCACCUGCCCGCGGCAGCUCAAGGUGCCCCCCUACCUGGGCUACCGCUUUCUGGGCGAGAAGGACUGCGGCGCCCCCUGCGAGCCGGGCAAGGCCAAUGGGCUCAUGUACUUUAAGGAGGAAGAAGUGCGCUUCGCCCGGCUGUGGGUGGGCAUCUGGGCCAUCCUGUGCGGCAUCUCCACACUCUUCACCGUGCUCACCUACCUGGUGGAUAUGCGGCGUUUCAGCUACCCCGAGCGGCCCAUCAUCUUCCUGUCCGGCUGCUACUUCAUGGUGGCCGUGGCUUACACCGCGGGGUUCCUGCUGGAGGAGCGGGGGGUGUGCGUGGAGCGCUUCUCGGAGGACAGUUACCGGACUGUGGCGCAGGGCACCAAGAAGGAGGGCUGCACCAUCCUCUUCAUGAUCCUCUACUUCUUCGGCAUGGCCAGCUCCAUCUGGUGGGUUAUACUGUCCCUUACCUGGUUCCUGGCGGCGGGCAUGAAGUGGGGGCACGAAGCCAUCGAGGCCAACUCGCAAUACUUCCACUUGGCAGCCUGGGCAGUGCCCGCAGUGAAGACCAUCACCAUCCUGGCUAUGGGGCAGGUGGAUGGGGACAUACUGAGCGGGGUGUGUUACGUGGGCAUCAACAGCGUGGACUCCCUGAGGGGCUUCGUACUCGCCCCCCUCUUCGUGUACCUGUUCAUCGGCACCUCCUUCCUGCUGGCCGGCUUCGUGUCCCUGUUCCGCAUCAGGACCAUUAUGAAACACGAUGGCACCAAAACGGAGAAGCUGGAGAAACUGAUGGUGCGCAUCGGGGUGUUCAGCGUCAUGUACACUGUGCCGGCCACCAUCGUGCUGGCUUGUUACUUCUACGAGCAGGCCUUCAGGGACACAUGGGAAAAGACCUGGCUGGUACAGACCUGCAAAGGCUUUGCUGUGCCCUGUCCCAACUACAACUUUGCCCCCAUGAGCCCGGACUUCACGGUCUUUAUGAUCAAAUACUUAAUGACCAUGAUUGUUGGCAUCACCUCCAGCUUUUGGAUUUGGUCUGGUAAAACCCUACAGUCCUGGCGCAGGUUUUAUCACAGGCUCAGUAAUGGCGGCAAGGGGGAAACUGCAGUAUGAACAUGGGGCAACACAGGGCCUCUACUGGAAUUAAAGGGACUUUUGUUUUACUGGUACUAAAGUUCACUGGGGACAUCCCAUGAAAGCCCUCUUAAUGCACAUUAUUUCUCCCCAUCAAAGAAUUCUUCAUAAUGAAGUGCUUGGGCUGACCCAGUCUGGACUAUAGGGUUACUAGCUGGAAGUGGUUUGGGUCUAAUGGGGUGGGUGUGGAAGCUGUGCAGAUUUAGCAUUGUUGAAACCAAUUUUUUUUUAUCCUGUAGCACUACAGCUGUUAAACUACAACUCCCAGUAUCACCUAACGGCUGUUAAGGGUGCCAGGGGUUGUUACACAACAAAUGGAGGGCUCAGGUUAGACAUCUGAUAGUUGGUGGUUGAGUGGGGGCCAGUUUAACACAGGGUAUAGUAGGAAAUCCAAUAUGGAAGCAGAUAUAUGUUAAUGUGUAACUUUGGCAUCUGUUAUUCAUUCCCUCACUUGCAUUAUGUCACACAGCAGUAGUUAAAAGGCCACUAAUCCUAAAUGCCUAUAAAAUUCUGAUCAAGCUCACAAAUGUGUACAUGUUAAUGUCUUCACACAAUGGCAGAUAGCAUGAUAUCUCAGAACAAAAGUGCAUGGUUUCUUUGUCUCGGUGUGAUGUAUUCUGUUUUCCCUGCCUUUUUUAGGCUUUUCAGACAGGAAGUCUGAUAAGGGCAACAAAUGCUUCCCCCAUUAUCAUAUUUUGGUUUUAAUGCAUUUUCUCCCAGCUCAAGUUCCUAUGCAUGUAUAUGUACAUUUGUGUUUGCUACAGCUCUUUCAAACAUUGACUUGUGUUAGUGCUCUUGUUGGCCCUUACAUUUUUUUGCUGCCAGUCUGGCUUGCGGUAACAGCCACACUGCCUGCUAAAUAGAUUGCUAUUACCAGUGAUGGGUAUACCAUAUGGAAUAGAUAUCAGCCAGUAACAUUCCUGCAUCUGUCAUUUACUCAGCUGCUAGGCACAGAGAUUUUUUAUGUUUACCUAACAGAUCAAGGCUUGUGCAUGGUAAAUACUUUGUGUCCCUUAAGCACCCAGCAGGCAGUUAAUUAAAGUUCCUCUGAAUAGGGCUUCACCUAACCAGCAGCUGGGCAAAUAGUGCCUUUUGGUAGAGAGUGGCCCCCACUGUUAUGUCAACAAGGCAUCAUACAUAAAAUAUAUUUUAAUUCAGAUUCUACCCAAUGUUAGACAAACUUUCACCGUACUUUUUUUUUAUUCAAGAGUAUUUGCACUGCAGGGGGUAUAAUAUUGCUCUCUCUCCUCCAUUCCUCAAUUGUUUUUUAAAUUGGCAUUAUUGAUCAGCUAUCCUUUGUGGGAUUAGGGUGUUUGCACUGGUUAUCUGGGUCAGAUCUACUAUAUUGAAGAAUUUGAAUGAAUUUGUGCCUGUAUAGCCAGUAGCUUGUAAGUGAUAUAUCUCUUUCAAAUCUGAACUGUAUAGUUUCUUCUGUAUAAUGUCUAAUUAACAUUUCAUAUUAGACCAGUCCCUGCAAAUGUAUCCUAUAAUGCAAAGCCAUGCAGUGUUGGAAACGCCUCUUGUAAUGAAAGAUAGCAGAUCAGUUAUAUGUAAAUUUCUUGUUUAUUGCCCUACAUUAAAUGCAUAAUACGGAGUUAAUCUGCUAAAUAAACCCCUAUGUCUUCCCCAUGUUCAUUCUGUUGUAUUAUAUGGGGAGGCUGUUAUGCAUUGCCUUUUCUUUAGCGGAUUAACUCUGAACAUUCCCCAUAGCAAAAAACACUUUCAGAUCUGGGAAUUAAGAUUUGGCAUACAAGGUUUUUUUUGUUUUGUUUUUUUUUUUUUAAUCAGCCCUAAUGUAUUGUCUGCACAACCCAUCUAGAUUGUUUUACAGAAGGCUUUUUUUGUGAUGGGGAAAGUGACCACAAUAAACUUCCAGGGAUCUUGGCAAUUGCUGCAUAAUAUGUAUUUUUUAAAGUCAGAUACUAUGUAUGGAAUUAAGAUUAUUUUAAUAAUUUUUUUGUGCAUGUCAUCUUAAACAAAUGAAGACUACAUUGUUUAUAUUUUUUGUAUAUAACUGUACUAUUUUGUACUAAGAUAUAUAUAUAUGUAUUUAUAUGUUUCUACUUUUUGACUUAAUGGCAAGACAAGCCUCACUUUAUCUUGUGUACAGAUCACUCAAUAAAGCCUUCUUUUUUUAGGU